CAAAUGAUACUUAAUGUGGCCGUGAAAGUUUCAAUUCCGCAGAAAUGAUGGAAAAUGAUCAACAGUUCGCAAGUUCCUUGACUAGGGGGAAAGGGUGUUCGGAAGAUUCUGGUUAUUUAGAUAGCGCUGCGUCAAAAGAACCAGCAAAUACAUCUUCAUCGUCUACGAAUGAAAUCAAUGCUGUAAACAGCUCCGAACAGGCUUGUUCCUCUUCCUCGAGAAGCGAGGAUAUUUAUGGCAAUGGACAACGAAAAAGUUCAAUUUUUGAUGCCAGUAAAUUCCCACCUGGCAGUCCAAUUCAAGUGGAUGACAUGCGCCAAUGGAAAUACCCGUAUGAGUUUAAAUGGACAGAGCCCAGGAAAGCAACAAUUGAUAGUGGGUUUUUGAAAUGGAUACAUUGCAACAAUGUUAUGCACCAAGGAUCCAAUGAAAUCUAUACGAUAGUCGAGCACAUAGAGUUGGAGCAAGAGCACGUGAAUAGUCUCAGCUUCUUACAGCCUGGCUUCGUGAUCGUUUCGGUGGACGGAAAACCGCUUCACAAGCUAGACGAGUCUCCGAUGUUUUGCAGACAGAGGUCUGCUACGUUCAAUUUGGGAGAUCUCCGACCUGGGAUUACCGGUUUUGUUGACUUGUUCUACAUGGAGCCAAUGGACGUGGAAGCCAUAGAUAAGAAAACUUUCCUAGACAACGAUUCUAAGUUUCAUGACGAUAGUGACGUGGAGAGCGCGUGGGAGCAGAUUGCAGACAACAACCUGUCCUACAUCCCCUUUUGCUACAUCACCCUUCUAUCCACCAGUCCGUACUUCGAAAACAACGUCACGAUCCAGGGAUGUGAACAGAACAUGAACAAGUGGCUACUGUCCCAGUUGUUCGCAGAGGACGCUGAAAGCACUGCAGCUAUCGUGGAAGAAGUGACGAGCGGCAAGUUUUACGCGAAUUUCCUCGAGUCGCAAGACGGGUGCAUUAACAGAUCUGUGGUAGAUAAAUUCUCACUGGAUCUCUACCAGAGGGCAAGAGCCGCACUCUUGGCAGAGUCCAUGCUGCGACGAGGUAUGACCAUACGCGAUGUUGCGGGAGUCCAGUCAAGACAUAUUCCGGUCAAGUUGGUCCAGCACUUGAUGCACAAGCAAGUGCGACGCAGCGUCGAUGUGUUCGUGAAUGAAACGUGCCAGAAGUCGCAGAAGUUCGUGCAGUUGUUCAGCGCUUUCUACUCGUUGAUUGUAAUCAGAGUGAACACGGACAACUUCAAAGAGAGCAAUUUGCAGAUUGUGCACGAGUACCUGUCGAAGUUGCAACAUUUUUCGGGCAAGUUUGAGAAACUUCCAAUAUACUUCGUAUUGUUCACCGCGUCGCCCGAAGAUGGGAAUAUGUUGGGGUCCAAUCAGCACAAAGGGAAGGUGCAUGAUGUGCAGACUAAAUUGAGACUUCUGCUGAAGACGGUGGGCAAGCAGAAUUACGUGGAAUUCUUCACAAUCAACUUGGGAUCCAAUUUGUGCUCAGGUGUGGCUAAAUUCAAAAACAAACUGAGUCGAGACAUUGUGGAGCAGGAGUUCUGGUGCCAAUCGGAGUGCCUGGACAUCAGGGGAGAGAAAUGGAACCGAAAAGGAGGAUCCGAGGGAUCCUUCCCCAAAUACCCCCUGAAGUUCCUCGCAUGCAGGGACCUCAUUGUGUCCAAAGCACAGACUGAGUUCGAAAAGAAGCGCCCAUUCUGCAUACCAUUCGAACAGUUCAACGAUUUCAUAAUAAGACGAUCCGAAAUUGAUCAGACGCAAAUAACAGAGGCGCUUCACUAUUUCGAGAACAGUGGCUUCAUUCUUACUGUGAACUUGGCUGGUAGCCAGAACUUGAAGGACAGGUCCAGUUGUCCCAUCUGGGUACUCAUGUACCCGCACCUGGUCUUCAUCAGCCUCUGUACAAUGAUGAAGAAGCUGUCGAAAGUGGCGGAGCGAGAGAGAAGCAACUCACUCCUGGGAUCCUAUGACGAGAAGUCUAUCAUGGCAUACAAGAAACUGGGAGUGGUUGAUCGCAGACUUUGGAAUGAGUUUCUCGUCUCACUCGAGGUGGCACUUGGCUCGCCGCAGAUUCUGGAAUUCCUUGGAAUUUGUCACUUCUCUCCGCCAUCCCAGCACCUGGAACGUGUUCUGCUCAUGUCGCAGAUGAGAAUCAUCAACGUAACUGAGAAGAACUCAGCCCGGAAGUGUUGGUGUUCUAAGAAAGUAGCGAGCGGCGUCGAUCGAGACUUGUCUCUUAAAUCCAACUUCAUUGUGCGCUUCUAUGUCGCCAGUGGAAAGCCGCUGAAUCCCUGGAUCCUGUACCAGAUUAACCAGGCACUCAUAAUGGAGUGUCUUCCCUACUACUCCCUGAACUACUCUUGCUUCGAGUACAACUGCGGGAUGAGCAAUCAGGGUCGAACUAGCAAGUCGUCUUCAAGAAUGGCAUCGCUGCUUUCGUUGAACGGCGAGGCAAGCCUGAACUACGGCAUGAAAGUGAACCCGCUUGGUUGUCAGAUACUGAUCAGCACCGCAGUCAAGUCGUCUAAACUGAGUCCCGCAUCCUCGAUCCGCCAUCUGUUGGCUGGGUUCCAAGGAUUUCUCGUGUUGACUAUUGGGAAAGUUCUCGAGGAAUCUAAGUUCGUGUUGAACGCAGUUCAGCCCUCCACGGACUCAAGAGAUUCACGAGUGCAGUUUGAAGUAUCUCAGACUUGCUCGUGUUGUGAGUCAGACAUGAUGCCGCUUGUAACCCCUCAACCCGCAAUAGUCCCGCCCAACGUCAUGAACGCUUUGUGAAAUACUGAAUGAACAAUUAACUGGGAUUAUUGAAAUACCAUAAACGAAAUUGUCAUUACCUCUUCUAGAUUAUGUCUUAAUGAUCAUACAUACUUCGUGUUUCAUUAUUAUUAAUGACUAAGUUAAGACUGCUGUUUGACAAUUUCGGUGUUGCUGUUUUCUAUCGACCGAAAAUGGUUCUCCCGUUUCUAUUUUAAGCUGUAAUAUUCCAGAUUAAAUGUAUUUGAUUACUAACCGUCAAAAUUUCCCUACGCCCUCGAACCUUGAGAGGCGGUGAUACUUGUAGGAACGCAUACAUCUUACUCUACCGGUUGGGGUUAAGUUGAGUGCAGUUUUUGGCAUUAAUGUAGUUUAGAUUUAAAUGUCAAUAAUUUUACAUCAUAAUUAAUGUUUGAAUUUAAUGUGAAACCCCUA